CUUAAACUUGAAAACCAGUUCUCCUAUAGAUUGACUAUUAAAACAAUGCUCACAAUUAUUGUACAAUACAGUAAUUGAUAUUUCUAUAAAACUACUUUUGUAUACUAAUUCAUAUCAUAAUUACACAAUUAAGAAAAAGAGAGAGAAAGAAAUACAAAAAAGAAAAAAGAAAACGUUAUCAUAGAAGUUAAUGUGUAAAUAACACAACUCAUAUUUAUAUAAAUUCUAAAGUUGUUUUACAUAUUAGUAUUAUUUAUUAAAUUAAAGUGCACAACUACAUCUAAGUUUCUUUUUCUUUUGUUAAUGUUCUCCUGCUCACUUUUCUUACAAAAAAAGCCUCCUUUCCCGUUUCCCUGCGAGUUGCUUUGUCUCAUUCCCUCAGCUACUCCCAACCUCCUCCUCUUAUUUCCACACACACUCCAAGCCACAACAAUGCACCUCACCACCAUUCUAAUUUCCCCAUCUCCCUAGAUCUGAUCUAUAAAAAAAGCAUUUUGAUUUAUGGGUCUUCCUCUUUGACUCAUUGGGUAUUCGGAAACUCAUCCAUUUUCCGCUUCUUCUUCUUCUUCUUCUUUUUCUUUCUCUUCGUUAUGGGGUCCAGUGGAAGCAAAGCCACGUCAUCGUCGUCGUCUUCGGGUAGUUUCAGGAAGGGUCGAUCUAAGGGGCACAGAGGCUUCCCAUCCUAUUGCCUCGGAACAACCUCUGGAUCUCGUGACAUUGAUUGUGACGACCAGGUUUGUGAUCAGAGUAAAGUAAAUGGAGAUGAUGAGACAUACACCAGUGGCAAUGAAAUAGACUCGGAUGAAGGGAAGACUGAGUCUUUUAGAAAGGUUAAAUCUGAUGAAGUGCCUUGUGUGCCUUCUAACAUUGACCUUGAGGAGUGGGGUCCCACUGCAUCCAGAACUGGCAGCAGCUCUGCUCAUUCUUCUUCAAAUCGGUCCUUGAAUACUUCAAACGGAUUCCUUUCUCGCUUUAGCCUUGUUCCUGGUAAUAUAAGCUUCAGACUUAGCAGAACCACAAGUUUGGGGUCAUCUAGGCCUUGCCCUGUAUCUUCAGCGGGUCUCUCAAUUUUCAACAAUGAAGAUGAGCUUAAUCUGCAUCAAAGGCCUGCUAGUGGCUUGAUUAAUAGAAAUGAAACUCAGCACCGUAGCAACUUGCUUAAUUCAUCUUUUGUUAGCCAAGUGCCUAUACAGUGCCAUGAAGAAGGAUCUAAUAAUUUAAGACCUAACACCCCAGCAUUGGUUUCACCAGGCAACUUGCUUAGCAGUCGCACACGUUCUUCUGUCCAAGAUGUGGUUAGAGAUGGUGAUGGUACAAGAGAAGUGCCGGAUGUGAACUUCUAUUCUCCAAGAAUUCAUACUGAUACAGAAAAUUUUGAGACUAGACAUACCGAUAGACGAAAUGGAGCCCGAGAACCUGUUGAACGUAAUGUACGAUUUAGCCGAACUUUAAGUGUUGGAAGGCUCCGUGACAGAGUUCUCCGCCGAUCAACAUUAUCAGACUUCACCAUUUGCCCUCUGCAACGAGAGAGAGAAGUAAGAGAUGCUAGUCAAGAUAAUGGAAGACGAGCAGGGGAGAGAGACACCAGAGUGUCACCAUCUGGUCGUAAUGCUGCAAAUUCUUCAACACCUAGAUAUCCUCAACCCAGUACACCUAGCUCCUUGUUUGGCAUCCAAGACUAUGAAGUUGAGACUUCACGAUCUAGAGAAACUAGGUAUCAGGAUUUACUGGAACAUAGAUCUAAUUUCCUUGAAAGGAGAAGAAGAAUACGAUCUCAGGUCCGUGCUCUUCAGCGGUUGGGUAGUCGGUUUGAAAAUCUUUCUGGACAUGACAGAUCAUGUAUCUUGUCUGGUCAACAUAGAAAUGGUCGUUGUGCAUGCCGAAUCGGUAGUCGUGAUACCAAUUCAAAUGAUGAUACCAAUGCUAGAGCUAGCAUAUCAAGAAUUGUUAUGCUAGCUGAAGCCUUAUUUGAGGUUCUGGAUGAAAUUCACCAGCAAUCUGUAGUUUUAUCUUCUCGCCCUUCUGUGUCAUCUAUCGGUUCUGUUCCUGCACCUAAUGAAGUUGUGGAAUCCCUGCCUGUCAAAUUAUACACAAAGUUGCACAAACAUCAAGAAGAUCCUGUGCAAUGUUAUAUAUGCCUUGUGGAGUAUGAGGAUGGAGACAGCAUGCGAGUUCUGCCUUGUCAUCAUGAAUUUCAUACAACAUGUAUAGACAAGUGGCUGAAGGAGAUUCACAGGGUGUGCCCACUAUGUCGAGGGGAUAUCUGUGUAUCUGAUUCACUGCCGACAGAGAACUAAGGUGGCCAAUUGUUAAUCAACAUCUCAGAGAUACUCAUGGCUCCUUUGAUCAUUCAUUGCACAUAAGCUCAUGUGACACCAACAGAAGAAGCACUUUCAUUGUUGCCAAUGAUUAUUUACUCCAAUUUCUUAAUAAACAUCAAACCAUAGUAGAAAUAGACUGAUCUACUAGCUCACCCUUUAUCACCAAGUGAAACAGGUGACCAAAAAAGGUGGGUAGGGGUAUUGUUUAUGGAGAAAUUUCCCAACAUGUUUCAGAAAAAGGUUCUCUUGUGAUGCAUCCAACACCCUUUUCUUUUGCCCCACUUCUUGUUAAACAUAUACACCAUUUGGCAAAAAGCAUCAGUCAAAGGAGCACUUUUGGUCAUCCAUGAAACUGCAGAUUGGCACAGCAUCUUUGACCGAGUCAUUCUCUUUAUCUGUAGACCGGUCAACCAAUUGGCUUCAAACAUUACAGUCUUGCAUGCGUGUGAUGAUACCCUUUUCACUUUUCAGAGGAAAAAGGGAAAAGAAACAUUUCAAUUGCAGUGUAAAUUGAGGGAGACAAGUGGUAGUUGUCUCCUAACAGGCCUGAAAGACCACCAGCUACACUGAUUUGUUGUACUAUUUGGUCUGCAUUGUGUUCUUCCAAUGCAUGAUCAUGAUGCAGGGAUGGUUAUAGCAUGAUUUGCUUGAGAUCUGGAUCACCCACUUAUCUUUAUUCAUUUGAUCUGUCAAUUUUUUUUUUAAUAUUUGCUUAAUAUUUUUAUAUCAUUGCCUAUUGAUGGAGGAACCUUGUACGUUUUCCA